AUGUACUGGUUAAAUGGGAUAGCGAGUGAACUAUCGCUUGAUUGCACAGUGCAAAAGGAGCAGCAGGACCAGCAGUUGAACAGCAAAGGGUCUGAACAAGCUGCCCAUACUACCACCUUUUCAAAGUCCUUGGAUAUAGUAUCAAUUCAAUCAUCAUCUCACGCGUCGUUAUACAUCACUUGCACCCGAAACGGCAUCUACUUGUGGUCAGUCAAGCCAACAACUGUCCUCGCCUUUGUGGAACGUUCAGAUAAUCAUGUAGAGGAAUUUGGUGAAAACAUUGAGGCUAUUUGGAAGCCAGAUGCCACUGCGAUUGUCGUUCAUACCAAGAACAACUAUAUGUUACUGUAUGCCAUCAUUUCAUACGAUCAGCGAUCGUUCGAAUUUAACUUUCCAAACUCGACACAUGCCUAUGUGACAGGACCAGGAGAGGGAAAGGGACCCAAGACCAUGUUGAUCAAGUUUAAGCUGGCCAUUAGAGUAGACGCUGGCAUUGCCUGUGGCACAUCAUCCGACGACACGCUAAUCAUUGCCACCAAAUCACCUGCAGCAAUCCAGUCGAUAUCCUGGAAUCCACAGCAAGUCAAUGCCACACAGACUUCAGUUCUCAACCGACUCGGCAUCAUGGAAAACGAGAAAUCAGAACAAGUUGUUAGCCUGCUGUACGAUAAAAUAAUGAACAUAUCCGUCUGGCUAUCAAAUGAAGGUAGAGCUUAUUUUGUACAAAACAACAACACUUUGUCUCAAGAAAGAAGAAGUAGUAACGGAUCAACCACGAUUACUUCUCCCAGCACACCCUCGUUUGAAGGGAAGAUUCACUGGACAGGCGUCUGCUUCCACAACAGCGAGCACAGCACAGCGACCAAAGGAAAGCAGAAAUUGCAUGAUUUACACAAAGCAACAUCUGUUUCCAUCAAUGCGAAAUUCUCACUCAUUGCUAUUGGCACCAAUCGAGGUGCCGUGUAUGUCUAUUCGGCCAACAGCUAUACCACUACACCUGUGUUGUCACACAAGUUGGAAUUAUCGUCGUGGGCAUCACAGAAUUCGAGCGCUCACCCAGAGGCGAAUGCUGUCGAGUCGCUGGCGUGGACAUCGGAUGGAUAUGCUAUCUCUGUGGGGUACAAGACACAUGGGCUGGCUGUGUGGAGUGUGUAUGGUGGAUUGUUAUGUGCGUCGAGCGAGAUGGAUGAUGUGUAUGGUGGUGAUAAUGCGUUUAGACUCAAGGAUACCUACGUCAAGGGCAUUCAGUCAUUGUUUUGGGGCCCAGGCAGUCACCAGCUCUAUGUGCUAUCCAGGGACAAAGACGCAUCAAAACUGUUUACUAUUCCCUUUGCCAAAUCUGCGCUGACAUCUUAUCUGCACUCGGAUAACGCUAAACGCGGAUUACUACUAGCAGAUGACCGCAUCUUACUCUACAAUAAUGGAGGUGAUUACCAAGAGAACAACACGACCAUUGACCCUGCAGCAGUGGCGUGGACGCACAUUCAAUACCCUGCGCUGUACAUCACCGAUCACUGGCCUAUACGUUAUGCAUCCAUCAGUUCGGACGGAAAGUACAUUGCCAUUGCUGGUAAACGUGGAUUUGCACACUACAACGCCAUCUCCAAUCGAUGGAAGCUGUUUGGUAAUCAGCACCAAGAGCAGAGCUUUUUAGUUCGAGGUGGUAUGGUGUGGUAUAAGAACAUCAUCAUUGUUGCCUGCGAAUCACUCCAGUACAAGAUAUACGAGAUUCGCAUGUAUUCUCGCGACAGUAACCUGGACAAUACUUAUCUUCUGCACACAGAAGCACUCUCUAACAUACCAGCCUACAUGACACUCUGCGGCAACUUUUUGGUCGUCUACACAUCUGAAAACGUGCUCAAUUUGUACAAGAUCAGUGUAGGCGCACUCCCUAAUGGCAACACUGGCAAACAGGGCGGGCUAGCUCGGCUUGAGCUCGUGCGACGAGUAUCACUCAAGGGCAUUGUAGCCCGCGUGGCUCGUGUUCGCAGCAUCAGUCUGUUUCAUCCCAUUUGUGGAGAUCAGAUAGAUUCACUGGAGAACGUGAUUUCUUCCAACAUACUAUUGCUUGUAGAUGGAAAACUGAUCAUUUUGAGCCCCAAAGCAGCUGAUGACAAUGAUAGUUCUGAUUUAGCUGAUGGAUCACCCACAUCACCGCCACCAGCAUUUGAUAUUCACAACAUACACCACAAAGCAGAGUAUUACUGGAUUGGCAAAAAGAGCAUUGAUAACUUGGUUACAUCGCUCUGGAUUGCUGAUGGCAAAGGACUCAAAACAUUUACCAAUCUGUUAUUGGAGCCUGAUUUUGAUUUUAGCACCUACAACGCCAAUGUGUCAGAGAGUGAGCCCUCUACGCCGACGACGCCGGGGUUGCUGUCAUCCUCCUCAUCUGCUCGCAACGUGGAUAUCGGUAGACCCUUCUCGCUUGGCUAUCGUAUUGGGCCAGAACCUCACAGUAGAUCUUCUUCGACUGAAGGAUCUCUAACAGACGACAUGGAGAAUCAAAGCCAAUGGCGCAUUGCUAGUUUUGAGAAAUUGAGUGAUCAAGCCAUUUACAUCCCGCUUGAUUUCUACCCGCUAUCCAUUUUGCUGGACAAGGGCAUCAUUGUUGGCAUUGAGCAAAACAUCAGUUACCGAGAUUCGCUUGGCUUUGUCCUCUUUAAAAUGAGCCCCAAGAUGCAUUUGUUUUUGCAUCAUGUUUUACGCUACCUGUUGCAACGGGAUUUGGAGCAAGAAGCCGUUGUAUUUGCUCGUGCAUACGAGAAAUUUGUUUAUUUUGGUCAUGCGCUGGAGAUUCUGCUUCAUACAGUGCUGGAAGAAGAGGCGGGUCAUGAUUUGGGCGAUGCUGCUAUUCUACCGCAUGUCAUCAAAUUCCUGGAUCAGUUUCCUCAUGCGUUGGAUGUGAUUGUCAGUUGCGCUCGCAAGACAGAAGUGGCCUUAUGGGAUCACUUGUUUUCUGUGGUUGGCAAACCCAAAGAUCUGUUUGAAAUUUGUUUAGCGGAUGGCAGAUUGCGUACAGCAACAUCCUAUCUGAUCAUCCUGCAAACAAUGCAACCACUGGUCGUGGGUGGCAAGGAUACGAUCCGGUUACUUCAAAAGGCCAUGGACGAGAGCGAUUAUGAGCUGUGCAAGGAGCUUGUUCGCUUUCUCAGUUCGAUUGAUAACACGGGCAAAACAUUGCAAGAAGCGCUCAGCAUGAUCAAGAGCCGCAUGGAGAGCAAAGACCCGUUAUCUCCCAAUUCAAACGAUGCCCAGAUCGAUAAAGUGGCACAGAGCAUGCGUAACUUGAGUAGCGCUUAA